UUUGGAAAGAUGGAAUUUUCAGGGAAGGACUCGGGACCUCCAAAUUCCCAGGGAAGGACUUCUCCGGCCAAAUAUAAAUAGCCCCGAUCUUCCGCAGUCCAAAAUGCAUCGAAAUCUGCUCGAAAGCCCCCUUUUAUCGUCCUCUCCCCGCUGAAUAUUUCGCGUAUUUUGUUGCUCGAAUUGGAGUCGAGAUGACCAUCCUCAUUGAUCAGCCCGAGCAUGCGGUGGAAGAGGAAACGAAGGUCCUUGUGGAGGAAGAAAAGGAGUUGGUACUAGAUGGUGGUUUUCUAGCGCCAGACACAAAUUCAUUUGGCCACACAUUUAGGGAGUAUGAUGCAGAGAGCGAGAGGCAAGCAGGGGUGGAGAAUUUCUACAGGAUCAAUCACAUCAGCCAGACAUAUGACUUUGUGCAGAGAAUGAGGGAGGCGUAUGGGAAAUUGGACAAGGUGGAGAUGAGUAUAUGGGACUGCUGUGAAUUGCUGAAUGAUGUGGUGGAUGAGAGUGACCCUGACCUUGAUGAACCCCAGAUUGAGCACUUGCUCCAAACUGCUGAAGCCAUCAGAAAAGACUACCCCAAUGAGGAUUGGCUUCAUUUGACUGGCCUCAUUCAUGAUCUUGGGAAAGUGCUGCUACAUCCAAGCUUUGGGGAGCUUCCUCAGUGGGCCGUUGUGGGAGAUACAUAUCCUCUGGGCUGCGCUUUUGAUGAGUCAAUCGUCCAUCACAAGUACUUCAAGGAGAAUCCAGACUACCACAAUCCAGCAUACAACACCAAAUAUGGAGUAUACUCAGAAAGAUGUGGACUCAAUAAUAUUCUGAUGUCAUGGGGCCAUGAUGAUUAUAUGUAUCUGGUUGCCAAGGAGAACAAAACAACCCUGCCUUCAGCAGCACUCUUCAUCAUCAGAUAUCAUUCCUUUUAUUCUUUGCAUAAAUCAGAAGCAUACAAGCAUUUGAUGAAUGAGGAGGAUGAUGAGAAUCUCAAGUGGCUUCAGAUAUUUAACAAAUAUGACCUUUAUAGCAAGAGCAAAGUCCGGAUAGAUGUAGAGAAGGUCAAGCCGUACUAUCUCUCCCUUAUUAAAAAAUAUUUCCAAGCAAAACUGAGAUGGUGAAAUGGGGGAGGGAGACGGAGAUAAUGGAGUCCAUCAGAAAAACAGAACUAGAGCACAUGGUUAUGGAUCAGCUGGCCUUGUUAAUUAGAGAUCAAGAUUUCAAAUUACUGUUGGUGAUGGCUUCAUGUAAUCUUUACUUAGUAUGAAUGCAUGUAGCAUUUCUAUGGAAUAAUAAGAUUAGCUUCCCUCCGCACCUUAAUUCUUUGGAGUAUUUUUCGUGAAAGUAAUGCCAUUUCUAUUUAACCAUUAUUAGAAAUUGGGUGUGAAUCAUCUUUGAUACGAUGAAAUAAAAAGAGAGCUGUUAUUUAUUGAA